UUUAUAAUUCAAGAUGGCGGCCUCCUCUUGCAGGUUUGCGUUGAAAUUUGGGCGUUUAAAAUGUGUAAGUGACUUGAAACCUUUUCUUUUCAAUUUAAUUUGGUUGUAUUUAAACUAUGCGUCUUCGUUUUCCCAUCACAACAGGAUAGUCGGCUUAAUUUACAGUUUCAGCCUUUUAGAUCUAACUCAUUUGAGGCUUUUAUAUGUAUUAUUAAAAAAAUUAUACGAAGUGACUAUAUGACCGGCAGCCGGUCACGGUUUAUCAAAUACUAAAUGGCCGGCAGUCCAGUGACUAUUGUUAAAGUUGAAUUUUUAUAAUAUAAACCUAUCCCCAACCCCAAACCCUUUUCUAACCCUAACCCCUAACCCUAACCUUUUGAGAGUUAGAAAAGUCGGAAAAAAAAGUUUGAAAAAUUUUAAGAAAAAACAAUGCUAAGUCAGACAAAACACAUCCCGACCCCGACUGCGUUUAACUUUUCGCACGCAGCGCCCUUGCCGUAUGAGCUAACGGCAAGCUCGGUAAAAGUUAACGCAAACAAAAGUUUUUAUAUUCAACUAUAGUCACUAGACUGCCGGCCAUUUAGUAUUUGAUAAACCGUGACCGGCUGCCGGUCAUAUAGUCACUUUGAAAAUUAUACAUCAAUAGUCAAUGGGCUAUUCCAUUUAAUAUCCGUACACCCCCUGUCGAGGAUACAUGUUUUUCAUUGUUAUACCCCUGAAGAAUUCCAAGCUCAAAACCUUUUACCCCUGAAGAAUUCCAAAAUUCCAAGCUCAAAAUCCUUUACCCCUGAAGAAUUCCAAGCUCAAAACCAUUUACCCCUGAAGAAUUCCAAAAUUCCAAGCUCAAAACCCUUUACCCCUGAAGAAUUCCAAGCUCAAAACCCUUUACCCCUGAAGAAUUCCAAGCUUAAAAUUUUUUACCCCUGAAGAAUUCCAAGCUCAAAACCUUUUACCCCUGAAGAAUUCCAAGCUUAAAACCCUUCAGCCCUGAAGAAUUCCAAGCUCUGAAAAAUAUCAAAGUCAAACCUCUUUACCCCUGAAGAAUUCCAAGCUCAAAACCCUUUCCCCCUGAAGAAUUCCAAGCUCAAAACCCUUUACCCCUGAAGAAUUCCAAACUCAAAACACUUUACCCCUGAAGAAUUCCAAGCUCAAAACACUUUGCCCCUGAAGAAUUCCAAGCUCAAAACCCUUUACCCCUGAAGAAUUCCAGGGAUCCUCGACAGGGGGGGUGGUACGGAUAUUAAAUGGAUAGCCCAAUUCGGUACUUUACAUUUGUAGUCGGAGAAAGUUGACGAAAUGUUAUUUUAUAAUGUUUGCCGUGGAUAGAGGUCCUAUACAGGAUCCCAAUAUGCUAUGGCUAUUUAUAAUUUACACAACAUUAUGCACCAGUCAAAGUAAACCCCGACCUCCCACCCAGGACAAAGAGGGGACUUGGUGGGGAUUUAGUGGCUUUUUGUCAUCGAAUUCUGUCCCAACCAUGUCGGGAAUUUGUUGGUUUUGUCAUUCUGCCGAAUUAUGCCGGGAGAUAAUGGGGAUUGUUAGGGGAUUGUCUGCGGCCAUUUUGUACUAUUUGUACUGUUUUGUCCAAUGGAAUCCCCAGGUUCUACCAUUUUAUACCAUGUGACAAAGGACAAAAUGGCGUGCUCGUAAGGAAAUGAAAUCGAGAGGAAUUUUAUAAAUAUAUUAUUAAUUUAAUUUCUUUUUAAUAUAUAUGUUAAUACCGGUUAAUAUGUCCAUCCAUCCAUGGAAUCUAUUGUUGUGGAAAGCUCGACAUUUGUUUGUUUAUAUUAAUAUGUUUUUAUCGUUCUUUUGAGUUUUGGAACAAAAUAUUAAUAUUUUAAAAUGUGGACGGUUUAUGCGGCGGCCCGGAGAUUGUCGAGGAGAUAUUAUGCAGGAGAUAAAUUCACUCACAUGACUUACAAUUUCCCCCCGGGGGGUGGGGCAUUUUUUGUCUUUUGCUAGAACAUUUUGUCCCAUAUUGUGGGGUAUUUGUCUGUUUUGGUACGGUAUUCAAAACCAAUCCCCACCUAUAUCCCGGGGUGAGGGGGGUUGGGGUUUACUUUGACUGGUGCAUUACACGUGCAUGUUUAUAGGCUAUAGUGCCUUCAUUAAGGCCAUAGGAAUGAAAGUAUUAGAAUACCAUCCGAAAAUAUUUGAAAAGUAAUGCGGGUUUUUUCAUUAUUUAUUAUUUAGCAAUUUUGAUUAGAACAUAUAUUCAGUGUGGAAGAUAACGGUCGGCAAUCGGCCAUUUGCUGAACAAAAACAACAAAUGGCCGAUCAACUUUAUUCUGGUCAGCCAUUUUGACCGAUCAAAUAUAUACAAAGAUUCCAAUACUAAAAUUCGAUUACGAAGACCCAAUCAAAGUGCUCGGAGGCCGAAGACCCAGAACUAUCUUUUUCACUAAGUGACUGGGAUACUUGGUUUGGCAACAGUGAUGAGUCAGACGAAUGAAUUCAAACGAUAUAAUCGAACAUUAAAUUCUUAAAAGUAGAACCUGUUGUGUUUAUGCACAGUACUUUACACCAAGACGUUUAUAUUCCAGCCGUUAUGUUCUAUCUCCUAUAUAAAGAGUUAAGAUUGGCCAUUUUACUUAUGCAUACACUUAGGCCUCUUUUACUGUACACAAGCAAAUUUUCUUUGCUAAGGUUAGCUGUCAAGUUGUGACAAGUUUUAUUUGCCUGUGUGUAUGGAGAAAUGUUGCAAGUACGUUUUUCUUUGACAAGUUUAUUUGUUGCCAUAUUUCUCCAUCACACCCCGGCAAAUAAAACUUGUUAAAGUAAAACUUGGCAAAGAAAAUUUAUAUAACAAAUUAACAGUUUUAUUAAGAUUUAAAACUCGCGCCGGCGCCGCGUCCUCGAAUCGAGUGUGGUGUGUCCGUGUGUGGCAGCGUACAUUUGUUCUAACUUUGUAGGUUUCUAUAUAGGACAUUUCCAUGUAAAUAGAGAUGUAUGACGUUUGUGAUUUCAUGUUUUGUAUUAACUUUCAUCGAUAUAAAUGUUUCUAAAGUUAUCUCAUGCAGUAUCGUGUAAAAAAUUAUUAAGAAAGUUGGCCGACCAUUCUUGGCAAAUGUCCGACCAACUGACCAGUUGAUCGGACAUUUGUCCGACCAAAGCGAAAUCGUUAUAAUCCACACUGCAUAUUUUUUGGUGUGUAAAAGAGCGAUUUUGAAGGUUCCUCCCGCAAUAAAGUCAUGCGUAGUUCGUCUUGGCGGAUUAUGCAUGACACUUUAUAGGAACCAGGGCCGGAUUAACCAUGUGGCAGAUGCGGCAUAUGCCGCGGCCCUCGCGCUUAUGGGGGCCUCACGCUUUACUGUGCCACGCCCAUUGUUACGAGAACACGCCCAUUUUCUAUUGGGACACGCCCAUUUUAGGUGCCUUGCGAAUUCAGAUGCCACCUCGCGCAUUUAGGGCCCCUAGGCUUGGCAGUUGGCUCCAAGAAAAUAUGCAAUACCUGUAUGCAUGUAUAAAUCUCCAGUUGUGCUGAGCUGCUAUAUGAUCCUGUUUAUACUUGUUGACCCAACGACUGGGCCAGGCAGGCCAUUGUCAGCUACCGUUGUCGAUGGAGGCUUUAUUAUUUAGCAUUAUUAAUUUUGCACUUUCCCAUUGAUUCUUAACCUGCAUUUUUUACGUCUUCUAGUUCUAAUUUUCUGGGCAAUAGGCUGUGGCUGAUGGGGGCCCCUAACUGUCGGAGUUUUUUAACUAACCCUACCUAAUGAGCGAUAUCCCAGUCUGCUAAGCUGCAUAUUAUAUCAUACACAAAACCGAACAUUGUUCAUUUAUUUAUUUAAUUGUCACAUAAACAAAUAUUAUAAAAUGAAUUUAGACUUUUUUUGUGUGUAUGCAGGCAUGAAAAAUGCUUAACUGGAAAGCAGCCUUUAAGCACUGAGAUUCCCAGCAACAAAAGUGUGGUAUGGUGACAUGCUAAAUUCACCUUGUUGACAUACACUCCGGCAUGCUUGAAAUACAACCAAUUGUUGCUAGUUGUAUUAACAUUAUCCUCAACAGUCAAAAGCAAAAACGAAACAUACAGUAGUACACUGACUACACUCUAAGAACAUGGGUAGAAUGUCUUUUCGGCUCAGUUAGUCUACUGGACUGGUUACCAAAUUGGAAUAUGGUCCAUCCAGUCAGUAUUAGGGGUGCACUGAUUAGUUCCAGUGUUCCAGGAAAUUUGGCCCCCUAGCUUUCAGUAAAUCCCCUUACAGUAAAUUCCCCCCACCGCAGGCCUUAAAAUAUCUUUUGCAGGGCCGUCUGACAAAAUGUCCGGUGACGUUGAGUUUGGGUCGGACAUAUGUCCGAUGACCUUCAGUUCAUUUUUGACUCGGAAAUAAGUCCGAAUGACACAAAUGAAUAAACGGUAAAUGUUGUAAAGAUAUUAAAUAAUUUGUUUCUUUCAUUCUUAUUUCCAAGCCAAAAUUAACUUGCUUGCCAGAACAGCAGUAUUAAAAAAGACUUCGGCAACUUAAGCCCGUUUUCCACUUCACCAUUUCGCUCGCCGCCCCGCGCUCGACAACGUUAAAACAACAUUUCCAGUUCACCUUUUAUACAAUAGUACUCUGAUUUUCCAUUUAACAUACAAGCCUCUAGUCCUGGGCUAGGGUACAUUUUGAUUUACGUAGGACAAAGCUACAGUUCGGUCGGUUACCAGUACACUCGGGUCGGACAAACAAUAAACCUCUGUUUCACUUUGGUCGGACAGAAUGUCCGGUGGUUUCCUCCCUACGUCGGACAAUUUCACGAAUGGGUCGGACAAUGUCCGUGACCGACCGAUAUUUUAAGGCCUGCCCCCACCCCAUAUUUCCGAGGAUAUUUGCCCACCCGUCAUAUUUCUGAGGAAAUGUGUACCCCAGGAGGACAUUAUUCCUGGGAAAUUGGACAAAUCCAUUUAUUAAUCCAGUCUUAAGAUAAUCAUGACAUAAUCGAGUUUUAUAACCUUGUAAAUGCUGAAUUACUGCAUGUACAUGUACUUUAGACGACUCAGGCAAUUAGCUUACACCUGGGCACGUCGCUCACGAUUUCCCAAAAAUUUGCAUGAAAGCAGGUGGUUAUAAUUUAGACCUCGCAUAGUUUCACUAUUUAUUAAGGAAUCCAUAUAAGUCAGGGUUGUCAAGCUGAGCACAUAAAUCAUAAUAAAUCUAUAGUGCAGUUUUUUAUGUAAAAUCCACCAUUUGGAUUUAGUUGAUGACCAUGACGAGAUUUUUGCGGUUAAUGACCUAAAAUAAUGAGUAUUUUUGCCAUGAUUGUUUUUGUGUGUCAAUUUCACUACUCAAACUAAACAAUUUCCAACAAACCAAAACACAGUGAUUUGUUAUCUUUCAGCUGAACACUGCAAACACAUGGCUGACUACACGGUUACUGUCAAGUCUACCCAAAGAAAGUCAACAUGUUGCACCCAGAUAUGACUUUGUGGACAAAUAUGAUUUCGCAAUUUAUGCCCGUGGUCCUGGUAGCCUGAAAGCUAAGACCAUAGAAGCGGCAAGGAUAUCCAUAGUACGAAAGACCAAAACUCGGCAAAUGUGGAAAAUCGAAGCAACAACACCUGUAACGAAGAAACCACUUGGAAGUCGCAUGGGAAAAGGACAGGGCAAAGUAGAUCAUUACGUGGCGGAAGUCAAAGAAGGUCAAGUUGUUUUUCAGUUUAAUUGUGAAAAUGAAACUCAAGCCAGUGAAGCUUUCAGACUGGUGACUUUCUUACUGCCUAUGAAACUUUAUCUCAGAAAACGUCCUCCGACCAAUAAGAUAUUGUGGACAGAAUUUUAGACCAUAGGUAUUAAAUUCCAUUACUGCCUGGUGCCUACAACAAACGCAAUAAAACAAGUUUAUCGACACAGUCUAUUGUUCUUAAUUAUCUUCAAAAUGGAGCUGUAGUAUGGAAAUGUUUUUAUAUAAAUAGAUUGUUGUGGUUCAAUACAACGUCACCUUGGCUAUAGAGCUUCAUUUUCGUGAUAGCCACGUUGGACUUUAACUAAUAGGGAGCUUAAGAUGCACCAAAUCUGCGGCGCGGACGCGACUAGAAAACAGUCGCUAAUAAUAAGAGACUAGUUUUACUUUGUUUUUCUCGUGUCCCUGGCUUUGUUUACCAACAACAAUCCAUAGUUUUUAUACCCGUGAAGCAGGGCUCGAAUUUUAUCGCGGCAAUUGCCGUAGAGGGAGAACAAAAUGCCGUGGAUCAUUGCGUAUAGUGUAAUUUUUAUACUAUUCACUGCGCAUUACUACUUUGAUACUGAUCCUACUUUGAUGUUGAUCAAAUCAUGCGCAAAUUACUAUUUUAGUCAGUUUUCUUCGAGAAAAAACACUAAAGAAAUAUUACGUAGUCGUAGACAUGUUUCUAGCUUGCCAAAAAUCCAAACUAUUAACAAUGAAAUUAAAGUUUUAUUACAGUAAUUUGAAAAAUGCCGUGGAAACUGCCAAAAUUGCCGUAGACAGCUGCUAUGUUCUACGGCAAUUUUUAACGCCAUUGCCGUCGAUUGAUUUAAGGGAAAUUCGAGACCUGCCGUGAAGUGAAACUGAUAAUAACGGCAGUUUUUCGUCACGUCCGCGUCGUAGAUUUGGUGUAUCUUAAGGCCGGUUUACACGGGCAAUUUUUGCUGCGAUUUUAGUUGGGAAUUUUCUCCUUUUGGAGGAUGCGAAGGAGUAGAUGAGUUAUAAAUGUUCCAGGUUGUGAAAUCUUAUAACAACAUCUUAAAUAAUCUACUCCUUCACAUUCUCCAAAAGGAGAAAAUCGCAACUAAAAUCGCAGCAAAAUGUCACAUGCACGAAAACGAGGCUUUAUGGCCUGCUCGCAGGUCAAUCGAAAUUUCGGACAAAUGGUGCUCUCUCACUUUUAAUAUUUAUUAAAAUAUUGAUUGACUUUAGACUACAAUAUCUAUAGUAUAAUAUACAAAUCAUACCCAGUAUUAGUCGUGUUGCCCUGCUGACCAUCUAAUCAUAUUAUUUUACUUAUUUCUAACUAUAUACACGUAAUAGACUGUUUAUUGCAAAAUACACUCUUUCCCUAACAGCCUCGUUUUCAUGUGGUUACUUCCUCAUGUUUCGUACAUAAUACAGUUAAGGAUGGCCGGAUAGGUUUAAUUGGGCUCAAGAUCAAGGAGAAACAUACUCGUAGACGGCACAUGGGGAUAUAACUUUUAUGGCUUAUGCAUAGAUAUUUUAUGUGCUCAUCCUCGUUCUCAGGGCCUCUCGGCCGCGCGCGACCUUCAUAGGCCCUGGAAUACACGGAACCGGAAGUGCAAGAAAUCUUGCAGUAGUUUCUAAAGCGCAUACUCUUGAAUUGGGACGCUUUAGCACCCGUAACAAUUUUCACAGAGACGUAUUACGAAGAAACGAAGUAUUUGUGUUGACAUAUUUUGAUAGAAUAAUUUUGCCUAGCGAAAACUGCUCAACAUCUGGGAAAUAGCAGUUCUCUGAGAAGCCAAUCUCUCCCUGGCUUUAGUCCUCUAACCCAGAGCCUAAUUUUCAACGAGUGAAGGAGUAAAAAUGGCUUUGUGGACGAGAAUGUUAUGUGAAAACAGGCAAAUAUGGAAACGAGACCAUUGGGGCAAAAGUGCGACAAACAGUAAAGUCUAUUGACCAUUAGAAUAACAAUCACGAUGGGACUACAUAAGUCAUAACCAAUCAUACUACGUUUGGCAAAUUAUUAACACGGUGUGGUUGUAAUAUUAUGACUUCAUUUUGCCAUGUCU